UUUUCCCCAGUUUCUGGGGCAGAUGACUGCUGCUAUGGCGUAUUGUGCAACGCAUAGAGUAUGUGAAAAAUGUGCAUUGAAAAGUACAGUGAAGAUGUGUUAAAUCUGUAACGAAGAUUGUGAAAAAAGCGAUUACUACAAAAAAAAAAACAUGGCUCUUUACAAAGGAUUCAAAGUGCUGGAGCGAAAUCAGCCGGGCUACCCGUAUUCGAUUUUGCUGGAACAAAAAAGCAAACAGGAAUCUCUCCUCUUCGAGAACGAAUCCGUGUCUGUGGUGAUACCUCAAGAGAUCGAAACAAUUAAGAAACAAUACACGAAAGUUAUAGAUGCGUACGGAUUCUUGGGUGUAUUGGACAUCAAUUUGGAGGACUCCAAAGUCCUUUAUAUAGUGCUCGUCACCGGUUGUUCUUCCAUUGGGAAACUUGCGGAAACGGAGAUUUUCCGCAUAUCGCAGACCCACUUUAUCCCGCUCAAUCAUGAGCAGAGCGAAGAGCAUAUCGCCGAUUUGCGAAAACUGCUGAAUUCUGGUGCUUUCUACUUCUCGUGGCCUCUGAAAGCGAAGAGUACGCCGCCCGUCGAUUUAACAUUAUGCGCUCAAAGAAAAUUGAGAACGAGCGUCACCGAUAAUAGAUUCUUCUGGAAUCGGAUGCUGCUCGUGCACCUGGUGAAGUACCGUAUCGAUUGCAGCCCGUGGGUUUUGAAGAUCAUGUGCGGAUUCGUCGAGAUGAAAACUGUUUACCUUGGGCAUAGAAAAGCGUUGGCUGCGAUCAUAUCCAGAUUGAGCUGCGAAAGAACAGGAACCAGGUUCAACGUUAGAGGCAUCAAUGAUGAGGGUCACGUUGCGAAUUUCGUGGAGUCCGAGCAAAUCAUUUUGAUGGACAAUGAGAUCACUUCGUAUUUGCAGACAAGAGGAUCGGUUCCAUUAUUCUGGGAGCAGCCUGGGUUGCAGGUCGGCUCGCACAAGGUGAAAAUCCCGAGAGGUUUCGAAUCUUCGAAGGCGGCUUUCGAAAAGCACAUGGUCAUGAUCAAAGAGCAGUACGGAAGACAAGUCAUCGUCAAUUUGCUGGGUACAAGUUUGAUUGGAAGCAAGGAAGGCGAGAGCACGCUCAGCAACGAAUAUCAGAAGCAUCAUCAGGAAUCCGUUCAUAAAGACGACGUGGCGCACAUCGCCUUCGAUUACCAUCAGGAGUGUCGCGGCGGUAACCAAGCGAAUUUGGUCAAGCUAAAGAUGAAAAUAAAUCAGCAGAUCGACGAAUUCAAUUUAUACCACGCGAAUUUAACGACCGUCUUCUCGUACCAAACCGGAACUAUAAGAACGAACUGCUUGGAUUGUUUGGACAGGACCAAUUGCGUGCAAACAUUCUUCGGAUUGGAUAUAUUGGAGAAGCAGAUGCAGGUGAUGAAUGUGUUGGAUAAGAAACAGAUUAACAGGUUCGAGGAGAUCUUCAAGCAGAUGUGGAUUAAUAACGGAAACGAGAUCAGCAGAAUCUAUGCAGGGACCGGCGCUAUCCAAGGAGGAUCUAAAUUGAUGGACGGCGCAAGAUCAGCGGCGAGAACCAUCCAAAAUAAUCUCUUGGAUACAUAUAAGCAGGACGCAAUCGAUAUCCUGCUGUACGGAUCGAGUUUAAACACGGAUUUGGUGGAUCUCAGAAGAAUUUUACUUCCGUAUAACACUCAUAACGUUCCGAUGGUCAUCAUGAAAGAGAUGUACAGACGUUACAACGAAUUCACUACACCGGUUAGUUGCAAAGUGGUUGUUGGGACUUACAACGUGAAUGGAGGAAAACAUUUUAGGAGCGUCGCCUUCAAGAACACUUCCCUGUCGGAUUGGCUUUUGGAUAAUUCUGAGGACGCAGAUAUUUUUGCGAUCGGGUUUCAAGAAAUAGUCGAUUUGAACGCUGCAAAUAUCAUGGCUUCGAGCAGCGAGCACGCCAAGUGUUGGGCAGACGAAUUGCAGAAGGUUUUAUCGAGAGAUCAGCCUUACGUUCUUUUAUCCUACCAGCAACUUGUAGGAGUAUGCUUGUAUCUGUUUACGAAGCCUGAGCACAUACCGUUUAUUAAAGACGUGGCAAUUGAUUCUGUGAAGACUGGAAUGGGAGGACACACCGGAAACAAAGGGGCUAUAGCUAUACGAUUGAUGUUUCACGGGACGACAAUGAGCUUCGUCUGCGCCCAUUUCGCAGCCGGACAAUCGCAGGUUGCUGAAAGGAAUGCGGAUUACGCGGAGAUCACGAAGAGGGUGAAUUUCCCUUUGGGACGCUCCUUAUCAGCAAACGAAUAUGUGUUUUGGUGUGGCGAUUUCAAUUAUAGAGUGGACAUGGAUAAGGAGGAACUCAAGGAGUUUAUUAAGCAGGGUGAUCUGCAGGCCGUCUUGGAAUGCGAUCAACUGAGGAACCAGCAGAAGGCGGACAACGUUUUCGUUGGCUUCGACGAAGGAGAGAUAACGUUUCCACCUACAUACAAAUACGAUCUGUUUAGCGACGAUUACGAUACCAGCGAGAAGUGCAGAGCACCGGCGUGGACGGACAGGAUUCUCUGGAGGAGGAAGCCUUUGUUUCCCGAUGUCAUCGAAGAGCAGUUGGAUGGAGGAAAACUCUUGCACUACGGACAGGCGGGUUUGAAGCAGAGCGAUCACAGGCCGGUCGUGGGAGUGUUCCAGAUCGAAGUGAGGAAAAUCGACGAGGAUGCGAGAAGAGAGGUGUUCCAUGAGGUGGCGUACGAAUUGGACUGUCCCGGAGAAGCUCCCAAUUGGUUACAUCAGAUCGAGGAAGAGAUCGCCCUGUACAGCAACAACACCGUUCCGCUGUACGCGCCGAACUCGAUGCAGGCAGAGGGUAACCAGGAAGUCAAGGUACCGCCGAAGAGGCCUCCACCACCGAGAGGCGGACCACCGAAAUCACCGACACCCGAGACGGCGGCGGAUAACCAUCCGCAGCAACCUAGAAUGGAAUCGAUGAGUUCCUACGAUGAAGCCGACGACGACAUCAUAAAACCAGCACCGCAAGAACCGCCACCACCACCGCCUCCUAGAUCCGAGCCUUCCAGCGCUCCACCGCCCAUACCCAGCAGACCUUUACCGCCAGUUCCAGCAAGACCACGUUAAUUAUAAUAUUAAAUUUAAUAAAAUAAAUCAUAUAUAAAUAUACAAACAAACAUACAUAUAUAAAACAAACAUAGCAUUGAAAAUGUGAAAUGUGUUUAGCAAUUAUUAGACAUUAUAAAAGCUUGUUACCCCCAAUGUUCUUUUCAUUUAUUUCUACUUACUGAAUUAAUAAAUAAAUAGACGACUUAACAAACUCAAUAAGAUCCAUUUAGAGAAGGGACAGAUACUUUGUACGUGGCUGUACAAAGUGUGUAUCAAAUGACUAUUAUAGUAUUAGCGGCAAUAUAACAUAAUAUCUCAAUAAUGCAAAUACACUUAUUCCAUUCACGUUCUUUGCUGUUUAAGAUUGAUGGAGACAAAUUGGAUUACAGUAGCGAUUGUUACAACAGUGGAUGGAUGGAUGUAUGAUCGUUCCCAUCCGGGAAUCCAAGAACACCGCGACACCGAACAGAACAUUUCGGAUCGAAGAGCGCUCCCAUCGCAACGUGAACAAAAAAAAAAGAGAGGAAUAAUAAAAUGCGGGACUACAAUUAGUAAAUAGAAAAAAAAAAGAGAAGAAGGAGCAUUUAUUGUGGAACAGGCGCACAACCACACCGGAAAUAGCUUAAAUAGGAAGCGACGAUUAAAAUACGUGUAUAUAUAGAUAUAGUAAUAAACGAAAGCUAAUAGAUUUUUUUUUUGAAUGCGUUUUGAUGCGACACUUUUUCCCCCACUGAUUUAUACAAAUCAUGUCUGCAAA